AUGACUCCAAAAGCUGAAGAAAAACUUUUAUGUUAUAUGUUUACUCUUUGUUUAAUUCUUGACGAUUUUCGAAUUGAUCCGGAGCCAUUAGCAUGUGAUUUAGGUUUAACUACUAGAAGGGUUCAUAAUUUAUUUAAAGCACUUGGAUGUAAAAUCAUGCCUAUAAAUAAGCAAGAAAUAGAGACGCUAGGACUUAAAAUUUCACAAGCAAAAGGAAUAAAACGUGCAGUGUUGACUGUCCCACUUAAACUUCCAGAAUACAAAGAUAACCGAACAAAAAUAUAG